AUGACGAAGCCGAAUCUGUCCGUGGCACCAUUCGCCGCGCUGACGGUUUUCGGCUUCACUUUGCGCUCUGCUCUGCUGGAGUAUGACAAUAUUCCCCGCACAGCAGAUGUUUUUGAGUGUUGGAGUGGCCAGGGCAGCAUCGCCAAAGCGGCAGAGGACUCCAACCUUGUGGCAACGGUCUACGACAAGUACAGACCAGGAGCAGAUCCGGCCGAGGACUUGACGUUCGAAUCGGGGUUUCGGCUUGCACUUACGCGCGUGAUGGCUCUGAAGCCAGGCAGCUUGGCUUGGUUCGCUCCGCCCUGUGGGACAUUCACUUGGUUGGAUCGCCACCACUCGAAGCGAACCAAACAAAAUCCCCUGGGAAAUGAGGAUUAUGCACCUGUGCGCAAUGCAAACUUACAAGCCAUGGCUAUGAUUUUCAUGGUCUGUUUGUGCCUGCUUCGCGACGUGCUGCCCGUGGUCGAACAACCGGCGCAAAGCCAAAUGUUCAGACUCCCUACGAUAGCCCAUGUGUUCGAGAAGCUGAAUCUAACAUCCACCACUUGCACAAGGUGCUCUUUCGACGACUCAGAGUGGGGCGACCGCAUCUUCAAAAGAUACAAAUUUGUGGGGCAGGCAUGGAUCCAGAACCUUCACCGGACGUGCUACUGCCCGCACGGGAAGCAUAAGGAACUGGUGAGUGUGCGAUUUUGCAAGAAAAGCAAGAAGACAAAGAAAACCGGUAAAAAGGCUCUACUCGUCCUGAGUGGGCGAUAUCCACCCCGCUUGGGCCGCUUCAUCGUGGAUGUAUGGCUCGCCAACCGAGAUCAGCCUGACGGGGAGGUCGUUGAGAAGAAGUCGAAGACUCCUCGUCCAAAGGGCAAAGUCACCGUCAAGAGGAAAGGUGCCAAUGCAAAGGCCAAGUCCUCGCGGCAGAAACCGAAGCCAGAGGCCAGGAAAGCAUCCACUUCGGAGAGCUGGAAGCAAAUGGAAACAGGAUCGCAUCAGGAGGACGAGCCUGCCUCCAAGCAGGUCCGUGUAUCGGACUGGAAGCAGAUGGACUUAGGAGCAGACGAUCCAGAUGAGCAGGGUAGCUUGGAUACGGAUUGGAAGAAGAUGCUCCUGUGA